UUGGGGAUAGGGGUCAAUUUGGCAUGGCGGCGCAAACAUAUAGUUACUUGUUGCGAGACGGGGAUGUCUCCGCACAUGCGCUUUUACCCUCAUCGAUUUUUCUAACUUUGACAGUUCGGCCGAUGUUUUGAGCGAACGCUCGUGUAGAAGCAAAAUAAACAGAAAUGGCUUUAGACUUUUCAGCUACAUAUAAGCUUCUAGUCUUAGGGGAUUCUAAUGUAGGCAAGACUUGUAUUGUGCACAGAUAUUGUGACGAGAGAUACUACGAUAUUUACAUAUCCACGAUAGGUAUAGAUUUCAAACAAAAGAUUAUAAAUUUGGACGGGGUGCCCAUAAAGCUUCAGAUAUGGGACACUGCCGGCCAGGAGAGAUUCCGGACGUUGACCACCGCCUACUAUAGGGGCGCCAUGGGCAUAAUACUCAUGUAUGACGUCACCAACCUUGAAUCAUUUAACCAUUUAUCGUAUUGGCUGAGGAAUAUUCAAGAGUACGCUUCGCCGGAUGUUAUAAAAGUGUUAGUUGGCAACAAAUGCGACGUGCACGAAAACCAUCGAGCAGUACCCAAAGAACGGGGUCAGAAGAUAGCUGACGACUUUGACAUGCCGUUCUUCGAGGUUUCCUGUAAGAAUGACAUCAAUAUUGAAGAAGCGUUUUUGACUUUAGCAAGAAAAAUUAGGGAAUAUAGAGACAACAAGGCGGAUGCCUUCGAGCUGAAGGAAAGAGACAGCGUGAUAAAACCAUCAGAUUCCGAGACAGACGUAUCAAAAUGUUCUUGUUAACCUAGUUUAAAUAUAUAUUUCUUUAAAAGAACUGAAAGUUGCAGCGAGCAAGUUCAAAAUAUAAUUCUACUACCUAUGUCUCAACGUUAACCACUGAAUCGAUUUAGAUGAAAAUUGGUAUGACCUACAUCUUUGAUUUAGUUAAAAAUAAUGCCAAACGUGGCUUAGAACCUAAACCUAAACAAUUAUUAACCUCAGACAUCGCAGAAGCUGUAAUCAGCUUAAAUAAUUUUUAAUGAAUCUUAUAAUUCUUAAACAGAAAAGGGACAUCUAGAUCUUGCUCGUUUGCAAUCACGUUCGAGUUAUGUACCUAUGCUUUAACUUAAGUACAGACAUUUCCUUACAUUCCACUGGAUAAAACCCGGGGAUAAUGAUAAGUCUGUAUUUAAGAUGCCAACAUUAUUGUGCGACUUGACAAAGUCUAUUGCGAAAGAAAUUAUACUACGUAGGAAAGGAAAUAAAAAAUAUAAGUAUAUAAGUACCUAAGGUAAACGUUGAACUUGAAGUUCCAGAAAUAAUCUCCUAGUGAUCUAAAAAAUCAGAAGGCAGGGCGAACAGUGCAGAUGGUCAGUUUCUGCUUAAUAUAAUAGUUACGUAGGAGAUCAUUAGGUUUAGGUAAUACGUUCAUAAGGAGGGGUGUGGUACACACAGCACAUCACACAGCAGAACCAGGGUUGCCGACAUUGCUUGAGGUAGAGUAGAAUUACUUACCCGAGCGGCUCACGUUGCUCGUAAAAUGAUGGAUGGGAUAUCUAAGAUUUAGGUUUAAACACCACGGAUGAUGACAUGAUGAUGCGACAAUCUGAUGGUGCGGCAAUACGCUGGAUGCGGCCGACAAGGAAUAGGUAUUGUUGCCAUCGUUGGGGAACGACAAUCGUCCGAUAGUGGACGUAAAAAUGAGAUCAGAAUCAUAAUUUACUUUCACAGUAAACUAUGACAAGACUCGCAGUUUAUAUUCUAAUGACAAUAGGUAAAGAGUUUAGUGUUCGCUUAGCGCGUAUUGUAUUAUCUUCUAGCUGUGCUAUCUUGCGUGUGACACCCUCGCAUGCGUAUAUGCACCGUCUAGUGUAGGUCACGUCAGUAUUAUUCAAUAAAUAAACUAGGUACCGUAAUGUACAAUACAUUACGUUUUUGCUGUUGGUAUCAUUCUCUAAGGCGAUGUAUAUAGAUAAGUUUCCACUAAAACAAUACGUUUUUUAAUACACGUAAAGUAUCAGAAUUUCACGUUUUUUGUUGUUUUUUAUUUAUAAAAAUCUAAUAAAAAUGUGGCUAACGCUAAUUCCGGAACCAUUUCCGGAAUUGGAGACCGUACGUUAUUGCAAGCCCUAAUAAAUAAGUGUUUGUCAUUUGGUUGGCAAAAAAGCUUCUUUGGAUAUAGAAUCGUAGAUACUUAUACAACAUUUCCACCGUCACUUAGAUGGUUGGCAGUCCUCAACUGUGCGUUUCUCGAGAAACUUCUUGCCUCGCACAGCUAAACUGUGGAAUGAACUGUCGCCUGCGGUAUUUCCAGAUCGAUACGACCUUCAAACCUUCAAGAAAAGGGCGCACUCCCAUCUUAAAUUCCGGCAACGUACUUAUAACCCCUCUGGUGUUGCAGGUGUCUAUGGGCGGCGGUAAUCGCUUACCAUCAGGUGAUCCGUCUGCUCGAUUGCCUCGUGUAUCAUAAAAAAAAACGAUUUACGAAACAACCACUAGAUACUGUAGUUGCUAAUAUGACGUACCUAAUGAAAUAUUUUUUUUCGAAAUAGGUACAGUUUUUUAUUUAUUGUUUUUAAGCACCUUAGUUACAAUACGAAACAGCGAAUAUCUACAUUCAUCAGCGGUGAAGUUACGAGCCUUAGAGAAUCAUACCCAGCUGCACACCUACCUACUACUUAGGUACCUGGUACCUACUUCAAGAAUUUGUCACAAGGGUUGAGUAGUCAUCCCGAUAAGUCGAGUAUAUGGAUAUUUGAAAUAAGUAAGUACAGUCAGCAUAUAUUUUCUAAUAGACUUACAAACCAAGAUAUGUCUCUAUAUGUAGGUACAAGAAUACUAGAAUCAGACAGACCAAGAUAAGUUGGCCGCGAUUUUGAUAGCCCAGCCUGUGCAAGUGUUAAGUAAACGUCAUAAUUUAAUAGAAGUUUGACGUUUAAAAUAACACUUGCAUUGUCUAGGCUGUCAACAUUGCUGCCAAAUUAUCUUGAUCUGACUCUAUUGUGGCAGUUACUUUUGAACGCGAUAGGUAUUAUAGUGGCAGAAGAUACUAUUAGUGCGUUGUUAUACGCUAAUUUUGAUCCUAUGCUGUACUACGCUACGCGUGACGUAACGUAGAAGUUAUCUCGAUUUAUAGGGGAUGAUUGGUACUUAAGACUAACGGCGACUGUUGUUUAAAUUUAAGAAAAAUAAAAAUAAGUAGGGAGCAAUGCCUAACAAGGAACACAAAUGUAAGAUGGCUUAUUGGUGUUUCAUAUUUGUAGUUAUAUUGUCGCUUGAAAAGUAUAUUUUGUAUCGUUGAUUUUUAUUUA